CUUCAAACUUGCGCCUUCAACUUGGUUCCUUAGAAUCACCUCGCCGGUUCGGCCUCGCCGAGUACGCCAAGUGACAGGCUGGUGGCGCGCACCACCUUCACGUGACGAUUAGUCUUCGUCGAGCAGGGGUAGUUUCGAUGCCUCUCUCGGGGUAGUUUCGCCGCAGCUCUCGAUAGUCGCUCGAUAGUGUUAUCGAUAAGCCGCGCGAAUAACGUCGUUGGCACAACGUCGCGAAUUUGUAACCGUUGAAUCUGCGCGACUGAGUGUUCGGCGGCUGCUUAUCGGGCGGAAGCUGAAAUUUUAGCUUCUUUGCGAACGAGAUCAUCGAGAUUUCAACUUGGAUUGUUUAUUUUCUCCUUCCUCACCUCCUCUUAUUUCAUCCUUUCCUUUCGGAUUACCUUACGUUGAAGUUUAUCCCACGAGGCAUCAAGAACAGAAAGUCGCCCAUCGAUCGAUCUAGGGAUCCAUCGACACGAUCCAUUGACCUACAAACGACCUAUUUCGCGACAUCAUAUCAUCCUAUCAGCACGAGACCGUCGUGACGACAGAAAGAACCGGAGCGACUUAUCCUACGGAUCGCGAAUAACGGUUCGAGCGACGAAAUCGCGAGCCGUUUCAUCGCAACGACAAGCCCGCUGUAACCAUCAAGAUUACCGGCCGCGGCGGUUGCGCCAAGUACUGUGGUACAGCUCCAUCACCCGGCAACAUUUCAUUCUCCAGUUUUCGUCAGUCCUUCACCACCAAUGUCAACUACCUGAAACGGAGGUUCUCGUCAGGGGAUCUGAGCUCGGAGCUCGAUGAUGAGCCCAACGCGGAUCCUGGGAUGGCCACCGUGGGCCGACAAGAUUCGUCUCAGCCGUAUCAAGCGGUGCCGGAACGACCUCUGCAGUCCCAACCGGGCCCGAUACCGCCGCCAACCCAGCCGCCCAUCCCGGGCGCGCCACCUCAGGGACCGCCGCAGCCCAUCGGCGGCGACCUCAGCCUUAACCUGAGACCUGGCUCGCGGACCACCAGUGCGCCGUCCUCGCCGGCGAAGACACGGGAGAGUUUGCUCCAGCGAGUGCAGAGCUUAACCGGCGCCGCUCGCGACCAGGGUGCUUCUAUUUUGGGAGCGGCGGUAUCUGGCGCGACCAGAGGCCCGUCAUAUAGCAAAGACCGAUGCUUCACUCUGCUGGUGAUCGACGACCAGAACACCGACUGGAGCAAAUAUUUCCGGGGUCGUAGAUUGCACGGCGAUUAUGAGAUUCGCGUGGAGCAAGCGGAAUUUCGCGAACUGUCCCUUACAGCCAGCGAGGCAGGCACCAUUGUGUCCAUGGCUGUCUAUCGUAACGGGACCAAAGUCAUCCGAUCCUUCAAGCCUGAUUUCGUAUUAAUACGACAAAAUCUACGGGAUGCUGGAGAAGAUUACAAAAAUCUCCUUCUUGGUCUGAUGUAUGGCGGUGUACCCAGCGUUAAUAAUCUAACAGCAAUUUACAAUUUCCAGGACAAACCAUGGGUAUUUGCACACCUGCUGGGUUUACAACGUCGUUUGGGUAAAGACAACUUCCCCCUGAUCGAACAGAGUUAUUAUCCCCAUCAUCGUGAAAUGGUAAGCGCAUCUCGAUAUCCCGUGGUGGUGAAACUGGGCCACGCUCACAGUGGGACCGGCAAAGCCCGUGCGGAAACAAAUCAAGAAUUUCUAGAUCUCGCUUCCCUGGCGGCUAUGGCAAACACCUAUUGCACAGCGGAACCUUACAUCGACACCAAAUACGACGUGCACGUGCAAAAAAUCGGAAAUAAUUACAAGGCUUUCAUGCGAAAAAGUAUAAGCGGCAACUGGAAAUCGAAUACCGGCUCGGCCAUGCUAGAGCAGCUUUCCGUAAGCGAGCGACAUCGCACAUGGGUCGACCAUGUGGCGCAAUUAUUCGGAGGAUUGGAUAUCUGCGCGAUCGAAUUACUGGUGGGCAAGGAUGGCCGGGAGCACAUAAUCGAGGUCAACGACAGCGCGCUGUCUUUAAUGGGGGACUCCCAGGAAGAGGAUCGACGUCACAUCGCGGACCUGGUUACCGCGAAAAUGCAGGUUUACUGUCGACCACCGAGCGUGUUGACCAAGACCGCCUCGCGAGGCUCCAUGUCAGGUUCUAGCCAGGUGAGCAGUCCAGUGGAAGAUCGAACUGCACCGCCAACGGCACCCUUGGGAUCUCACGGAAGUUUGGGUUCCAUGGCUAGUAUAGGAAGCUUAGGUUCCGUCGCUUCCACCGCGCCAAUAUCGGCUGACGUCACUACCUCGGAAAGUCAUCAUCAGUUACAGCGACGAGAUUCCCAAGCCUCGCAAUCGAGCACGGUGAGCAGCGCACCGUCCGUUGGUCGACGUCCCGAGGAGCCGCCGACGUCCAGGAUUCCGUUCCACCGACAAGGCAGCCAGUCGCAGACUGGCCAGGGCGAGGACACCGAGGACACCAUGAAGAAUCUGCGAAAAACCUUCGCCGGCAUUUUUGGGGACAUGUAGACCACAAGAUAUGGCCGACGUAGCGAGAGCGUAGACGUCGAGCGCUCUCGCGAUGAGGUAGCUAAUGGUAACAAGUCGGCAACACUAACACGAACUCACGAAUUACUUCGGAGAUCCUUGAGCAUGUUCGACGAUUGAAACUCGACGUGUCAAUCGUGCAAGGGUACACGAGCAUGUAGAUAUCUAUAUAUUUGCAGAUUGUCGUAGAAAAAAAAAACUCUCGCGCGAAAAUUGCAUGCCGCGCGAAGUGCACUAUUAAUCAUUCGAAUUUAAUCGAAUAUAAAAUUGUUAGAAAAUUAACGAGCAGGCGGGAAACGAGGUUGGAUAAUUGCGCCCUUCACGGAAACAUCGAGAGAUGAGAAUUUCCCGCGUUCAACGAUUUAUUAAGCUAACGCGCUGUCUAACGAGGUAGGUCCUGUAUAUUGAGAGAAUCGUGGUCGUGUGUAUGCGUGGAUACAUUGGAGAAUAAGGUAGUAAGUUCUAUAUAUAAUCCGUAUAUAUACGAAUUAAAUAAAAGUUAGGCAAGUUCAGUCGAAAGAAAUGGCAACUUAUUUAAUAAUCAGCUUUGAUGUUCAUUGAAUUGCUAGCGCAAUUGAUAUCCGGUGAAGCAUUUGCAUCGCUAAAAUAAAUCGUAUAUAAGCGCACUUUCUUACCAUAAAGGCAAGGCAAUCAUUCCGUAGGCCCCUGGCGUCUCCUCAACCAGUUUUACUUCGAGCACCCACUUUUAGGCUUAACGUUUGGAUCGUCGUGUGUCAUAUUGUCAUUUAAGGGAAAAGGCACUGCGAGAUAGAAAUUAAGGCAGGCAAUAGGCGUCUUUCGGGCGAUCUCGCAGUGUUUGUAAAAAUAUUCGUACGCCUACGUCAUUCGAGAUGAUCGAAGACGACAAAAAAAGAGGAGAUUCGGGCAUUAUUCUGAACAUUUGGCUAACCGAGACUGCGAGCGGUCGUUUGGUUUCAUCAAGGACUAUAGAACGAAUGUAUGUAGUUGUCUCUACUUUUAAGCGCACAAGUAGUUUUAAGAUAAAUCCAGGGAUGGGCAAAGUUUCUCGACAUCGCGGACAGGCGGUCGAAAACUUUCGAAAUCAAUCCGCGAGUUCUUUCUCUCGACGCGCGCGAGAGAGAUUAAUCGAUCAAGAUAUAUAUCGCUCGUCGAAAAUAUAUAUCGAUGAAUUAAUUCGGCAAUAAAUUUCUGACGAAAAACAUGUGGAAUUCACGAUGAAAAUUUAUCGCGCAUUCCGAGAGAGAGAGAGAGA